GACGGCCCUCACUCGCGAAAAAACUACGGAGCUGAACGGACGACCCGCGGAGCCCCAUCGAUCGAGCGAAGCAGCCCAGAAGCGAGUUUGUGGAGUGUGUGCGCGUGUGGGUGAAGGGAAAGGCAAUCGACGGAAGGUAUGAUGAAGUAGCAGGAUAAAUCUCGAGUGUCCCACAUAAAAAUGCAAUAACACCCCGGAUCCAUUGGCAGCACGUUGUGUCGUCGUCGUCGUCGUGUGUGUGCUUAUGUGUAUGUGUGCGUGCGUGCGUGCGUGUGCGCCCGCGCAAGUGUGGUCUGGCCUGGCUGGUGGCGGUCGAUUCUAGCGAAAGUAGUGUGUAGUGUCCGCGCAAGGGUAUAGAAUUCAAAAAUACAUCCCCACCUAGUGUGCGUGCGUCUCCAUCAUUUUGCCUGCUAGAGCCGGAAACCCCCGUCGAGUGGCACCCAACAGCGGGGGGGUGGUGCACCUGUGCGGCGCCUCCUUCGACGAAGGAUCCUUCACGAUCCUCCCAUUUUCAAAAUGGAGCUACAACAGUAGUCCGCGGUGCGACGCGGUAACGCGCGGUGUCGGUGUUUUCGUGUGUCUGGUACACACAGACACACAGACACACACACAAACGUACUACCGGCUUUUACCGCACCGGUGGUUGUUAGAAUAGUGACCGGAAGUGAUGUGUGAGAAGGUUGCUGUUGUGUAGGAGCAGCAGGCCAUUGUCGCCGAAUUCUGUCCGAGUGCAACCACGGGAGGCAGCAGUGCUGCGAGCAAGGAUGGCUCCCCAAUACGCGAUGCUAAUCAGCGUUGUGGUUGCUGUAGUAGCGGUUGGUGUACGGUGGUGAGCGGCCGAGUGUUCGAUGCUGCCAGUGUAUGGGCAGCACCAGGAGCAGCAGCAGCAACGAUCAGAGUAGCCAUUAGGCGGAUGAGAGAGAGAGAAGCUCUAUUGCUCAUCCUAGUUGCCAUUACGUUUUAUCGUGCACCUUCAAGAGUGGAGUGUUAAAGGGAUCAGAAGAGAAGAAUUGUGAAUUCUACACCCGUUCGAGGGUGUGUGUCAGUGUCCUGUGUGCGUGUGUGGGUGUGCGUGUCGUGCGUGGGUGUGUGCACGUGGGAGUGGUGUGGUGGGUGAUCAAAGGAAGCAGCCAGCGUGUUUGGUGUUUGGUUUUUUUUUUUCGAGUGUAACCCGCGUGUAUAACGACGGAGACGGCUGACAAAAUGACGGAAUACAUACCGCCACCACAUGUGAUGUCGGUCCUGAAGACCUACCAGGACAAAGCGCCCAAGAGUUUGCAUGGUCCCGGGCUGUCGCUGGUACACCCUAGCAAAAGCUCCUCCGCCUCAUCGUCGUCGAUCGGUGGUGGUGGUGGUGGCGCCGGUCGAUCAGAGACACCGGAUCAUCAUCAUCACCAUCAUCAUCAUCACCACCAUCACCAGCACCAUCAAGGAGACGGUGGUAGUGGCGGUCAUAACCAUCAUCAUCAUCAUCAUCAUCACAGUCGGAGCGAUGACGAACAGCAGCAACGGGAACAGUCAUCGGCGGGAGCGGCAACAUCCUCGUUGUCGUCGUCGUCGUCGUCGUCGUCAUCGUUGUCACCAUCACCAGCGCAACGGGUUACGAUCGUACCGGCACCGAUGGUACUCGGACCACCGGUUCCGGCCGUCCCGAUCAUGACGACACCGGAUCCGGACUGUGGCAUUGUCAACAUGACGGUGCUGGAGGGCAAGCGGAUCGGUUGCUUUCUGCUCGGUGGCGAGAUGCGGCUCUGUCUGCCCCAGAUCUUCAACAACAUCCUGAUGGACUUUAGCGUGGAGCAGAUCAACCGGAGCAUCCAGGAGCUGAUGAUCUACCUGUACAACUGCACCGACCAGCAGCUGCAGGAGUUCAAGCGGGCCAACAUUAUACCGGAAACGGCCAAAACCUGUGGUUUGAUCACGCGUACCAACGCGGAACGGUUGUGCAGCUCGUUGCUGCAUCAACCAGCCAGCGCCUCCACUACCACCGGUCCCGGCACCAGUCACCACCAGUCGCUGAAGGGUGGCGGUGGACCGAACAGCACCAUCAUCGUUACCGGCCCGGCAUUCCGCGUGUACCAUCGGUGCUUUGGCAAGUGCGAGGGUAUCCUGACGCCCGAGCUUUACAGCUACGAGGAGCCGGCCUGCAUCGAAUGCUGCGAGUGCCGCGGCCUCUACUCACCCCAGAAGUUCGUCUGCCAUCAGCACGAACCGCAGGAAAUCCGCACCUGCCACUGGGGCUUCGAUUCGAGCCAGUGGCGCCUGUACAUACAUGUGAUCGAUAGUGACAAGAACCGGGACGAGCACACCCAGAUACUGCAGAAGAUUUGGAAUAAGGAGCGCGAGUUCGAACAGGAGCUGGCCGACUACGAGCGGGAUCUGUGGAUCGCCAGACGAAAGGUAAUCGAGUGUCGGAACGAUGGCAAUAAGUGGCAGUAUCCCAUACGGUCUGGGGUAUCGAACGUCCACGAUGACGGUGCGCUCGCGAUUAAGGCGGAAC